UUGGUAGAAUUCCCAAUGCUUUCAAUUAUAUGACUAAUGGAGAGUGGAUAACUGUUGUUUUUCAGGUGACAGGAGUAAAGAUGCCUGCAGAUCAGCCAAUUGAUCCAAAGUACAUUGAGUGGAUAAGGAUGGGGACCACAGUGGCUACAAAUGCUCUGUUGGAACGAAAGGGAGAAAGAAUGGCUCUGGUUAUUACUGAAGGAUUCCAUGAUUUGUUGCAUAUUGGCAAUCAGACAAGACCUAAUAUAUUUGAUUUAAAAGUUAUAUGUCCAGAGGUACUGCAUGAAGAUGUUAUUGUUGUGAAAGGUAGACUGGUUUUAGAGCAAGAUGACAGUAAAAUUCAAAGACCACAAAACUGUAAAAUAGUGUCUGGAAGUACUGGGCAAAAGCUUGAAGAGUGGGAACCUUUGGACAAAGGAAAGCUUAGAAAAGACCUACAGAGAGUCCUUGAUAAAGGAAUCAAGAGUUUAGCUGUUGUGCUCAUGCACUCUUACAUGUAUGAUGUACAUGAAAGAGAAGUUGGUGAAAUUGCCCUAGAGAUGGGUUUUGAUCAGGUGUCACUCUCUUCUACAAUAAUGCCCAUGGUUAGGAUUGUACCCCGAGGUUACACAGCUUCUGCCGAUGCUUAUUUAACCCCUUGUAUAAAGAAAUAUAUCAGAGGAUUUACAGCUGGCUUUCAAGAUGGCAUCCAGGACAAAGUGUUGUUUAUGCAGUCUGAUGGCGGCUUGACUCCUGUGUCAAAGUUUUAUGGAUCAAGGGCCAUUUUGUCUGGACCUGCAGGUGGUGUGGUUGGUUAUGCAAUGACAACUUUUCACAGAGAGACAGAGCAACCAGUCAUUGGAUUUGAUAUGGGAGGAACAUCAACAGAUGUGUCUCGAUUUGCUGGUCAAUAUGAACAUGUGUUUGAGACAACAACAGCAGGAAUCACUAUACAGGCACCGCAGCUGGACAUCAACACUGUGGCAGCAGGAGGUGGAUCUCGCCUAUUUUUCAGGGCGGGGCUAUUCGUUGUUGGACCUGAGUCAGCCAGUGCCCAUCCAGGACCUGUUUGUUACCGAAAAGGUGGUCCAUUGGCUGUGACAGAUGCAAACCUAGUGCUUUGCAGGAUUCUACCUGAGAACCAGAUCUCCACAGAAGCAUUCCUUCAUAUGCGGUACAGUGGAACAGACUGCGCGCUCAUGUGUACUGCUGAUCCUCAGAAAGACACAAAGGAAGGAGAAACCUGUCGCCAUGGUGAUUUUGGACAGGCGUUUAAGGAACGAUACGUUCGGGAAUUUGGUUUCACGAUACCUAACAGACAGAUCCUAAUUGAUGACAUCAGAGUGAGAGGGACUGGACACUCUAAGACAUCCGUAUCACAUGAAAUACCAAAAGCGAGCACCCCUCCCCCGGUGAAAAAGACAACGAAAUGUUACUUUGAAGAUGGUUUUCAUGACACGAAGGUGUACCUCCUUGAGGAGUUGUCCGCUGGCCAGCUUAUAGAUGGACCGGCCAUUAUCGUAAAUAAUACCAGUACCGUUCUUGUUGAACCACAAUGCAAAGCGUCUAUCACUUCAUCAGGAGACAUCAAGAUUGAGAUUGGAGGAAACCAAGGCAAAAAGAGUAUUGGAACAGAACUAGAUGCGAUUCAGCUUUCCAUAUUUUCCCAUCGUUUUAUGAGUACAGCUGAGCAGAUGGGCCGAGUUCUUCAGCGUACAUCAAUUUCAACUAACAUCAAGGAGCGACUCGACUUUUCCUGUGCUAUGUUUGGACCAGAUGGAGGCCUGGUUGCCAAUGCCCCACACAUCCCAGUUCAUCUCGGUUCCAUGCAGGAAACUGUGCAAUAUCAGAUUCGCACUUUAGGAGAUGAUCUGAAGGAAGGUGAUGUUUUACUCAGUAACCACCCGAGCGCAGGCGGGACACAUCUUCCAGAUUUAACUGUCAUCACCCCGGUUUUCUAUCCUGGUCAAUCAAAGCCCGUGUUCUUUGUCGCAAGCCGUGGCCAUCAUGCAGAUAUCGGAGGAUCUGCUCCAGGGUCCAUGCCGCCUGAUUCACAUUCCAUAUUUGAAGAAGGAGCCGUGUUCAAAUCAUUUAAAAUAGUUAAAGGAGGUGUCUUUCAAGAAGAAGCACUGAUUGAAAAGCUUAUGGAGCCCAGCAAGUAUCCCGGAUGCAGUGGAACGCGCAAUCUCCAUGACAACCUGUCUGAUCUUAAGGCCCAAGUGGCGGCUAAUCAUAAGGGAAUCAAAUUGAUUAGUAGCUUGAUAGAAGAAUACAGCCUGCCCGUGGUGCAGGCAUACAUGAAGUAUAUUCAGCAUAAUGCCGAAGUUGCUGUUCGAGAAAUGCUGAAAGAUAUUGCUGCAAAAACUAAGGAACGCACCGGAAAGACAGUACUAUCCGCCGAGGAUCACAUGGAUGAUGGAUCGCGCAUUAAACUUACAAUUUCCAUCGACGAGAAAGAGGGCAGCGCAGUCUUUGACUUCACAGGAACUGGACCCGAGAUGUACGGGAACUGUAAUGCACCUCGCGCCAUCACCUUCUCUGCCAUUAUUUACUGUCUGCGGUGCAUGGUCAAACACUCGAUACCGCUGAACCAGGGUUGUUUGACGCCAGUAAAAGUAGUUAUUCCGCCUGCUAGCGUUCUUGAUCCAACGGAAACUGCGGCAGUUGUUGGCGGGAACGUAUUGACUAGUCAGCGAGUUGUUGACGUGGUGCUGAAAGCCUUUGAAGUGUGCGCUGCGUCACAGGGCUGUAUGAAUAACACGACCUUUGGCGACGAAGGAUGCGGCUACUACGAGACAAUCUGCGGAGGAUCUGGGGCGGGACCCACAUGGGACGGACGCAGUGGAGUUCAUGUCCACAUGACAAACACAAGGAUCACAGAUCCAGAGAUAAUCGAAAGAAGGUUUCCAGUGAUUCUGCGCCGUUUUCAUCUCAACCCCGGUACUGGUGGGAAUGGUUUUCACAGGGGUGGUGACGGUGUUAUACGCGAGCUGCUGUUUAGAAAAGAGCAAGUUCUUUUGAAUGAAUAUAACUGAGUUCUAAAUUUCUCAGCAUUUAAGUCUCUAAAAUGUCAUGCUGGAUUUUUUUGUCAUAGCAAUGAUAAAGAUAACACGAAUGAACGUAACCUAAAUUUUUUUCAGGUUGGCAGGAUUAAUUAAUUCUCCCCAAGGCAAGAUUAAGAUUAAAAUUCUUCUUUGUUUCUUCGAAGUUUACGGACCAGUCAUGCGCCAGUUUUUCCCAACGGGCCGUCCUGAACUUUUCACUUUGUAUCUUCAUUUAUUAAUCUUCAUUUUCAAAACAGGCCAACCAUUGCAAAUUUAGAAAACGUGACUUCGAAUAACCUAACAAUAACAAAGUAUGCUAAAAAAUGAAAUGAUUGCUGAGCACAUGUGCACAGCCUAGCUCCGCAACCACACCUGCGUGACCUUCGGCGCAACGGAGGGCCCAAACACGGUAAUUACAGCUGUUAAGCGUCAACAUCUUCAAAUGAGGUCUACUGCACUUCACUGCGUACAAAACCUUUCCAAUUAAAAUGAAGCAGGACAGGA